AUGGCCCAGCCAAGGCUGACGGUCCGCGACUAUCACGUUGGUUGGAUUUGUGCUAUUGACAUCGAAUGUGGCGUGGCUUGUGAGCUGCUCGACGAGGAGCUUGCCGAUCCUAUCGGUAUUCCCGAAGACGACGAGAAUAUAAAUGUUUGGUCGAGUCCAACUUCACAAAUUUGUCAUCGCUUGCCUCCCCAAGGGCGGCGUGGCGCGGCCUCAGCCGCACAUGUGGCAAGAGACAUGCACCGCAGCCUUCCCGCGAUUCGAAUCAGGCUCAUGGAUGGUAUCGCCGGAGGAGCUCCAACCAAGAAACACGACAUCCGGCUGGGCGAUGUCGUGGUGAGUUCCCCAGAUCGUCGGUCUGGAGGAGUCAUGCAAUAUGGCCAUGGGAAGACAAUCCAAAAUCGACAGUUUAAAGUAACAGGGUCCCUUGACAGGCCGUCCUCCCUCGUGCUACAUGCAUUGCAGAAGUUCAGUGUCCAGCAUGAACGCAGGAGCCACGCAAUCGCUCAGACCAUUGAGUUAAUGUAG